AUGCUUCCUCGUCGAGGUUACGAGCCCGUCGACGAUGUAGACGAGGAUAGCGCGCCAGAUCUGCAGGCGGCUGCCGCCAGCGAGCGCGAUGACGAUCAUCAUGUCCAAGGAGAACUGUCCGCUCUUUGCAGUUCCGUUCCAGCGGCAGCAGCAGCAGCGGGAGGAAAGGGGAACAGCAGUGAUGGAGUGAAUUCAAGAACAGCAGGAGCAGGUGAGGUUCGCAGCGACGACGACGAUGACGACGGGAGGAUGACGGUCAGGGUGCUGGACGUCAGGGGGCAGUUUUAUCCACUCCGCGUCACGCCGGAGACCUCGGUGCGGGAGCUGAAGCUCAUGUUGGUUGACGCGGCUGGGGUGGAGGUGCCAAGGCAGCGCAUCAUCCAUGGCGGAAAGAUGCUCAGCGAUGCCGACACCUUGGGCGGCCGGAAAAUCUCAGACGGAGCAGCGAUACACCUCUUCCAGAGGCCCAAGGUGGCCGCGGCCGCCGCUGCGGGCGUAGGCACCGCCUCCGCGCAGCAACCGGGCAACCUGCACGAGUUCCCUCCGGUGCUGCUACAGGUCCAGGAGAGGGGCGGGAACGGGGAGGGCGCCGGUGCGCACUGGGAAGUCGAGGCCCCGCGACGAAAGAUCAUGUUUCUGGCUUCAAUCUUGGUGCUCAUCUCCGUCCUCCAGCUUCUGGAAUGCCUUGCGAGCAUCUCUACGGUGUUGUCAGUGCCAGGGGCAGCGGGGGGCAGCACCGGUGGCGGCAAUGGCGGGAGCGCACACCCUAGCCUCCCUGGCGAGUAUUGGUUCCUUGUGAAGGGGAGAACCCUUUCGAGCGUCAUGGGCAUCGUGGUGGGGACCCUCGGCGUCCGUGGGUCCCAGAGCCUCAACACGCACACCAUCAGGUGGUACUUCGUGGGACUCGUCAUGUGCGCGAUCGUGGCGAUGGCGAUACGAAUAGAAGUGUUCUACGACAUCGUCACGGGCAAGAUCCCGUUCGGCGACUACGGGAUAAACUCCCCAGACUCGUCGAGGGAGAACGAUCCGGGAGAGGGAGGAGGCGGUGGGGGCGGGGGCGGGAAUGGCACGGGAGAUGAGGGGGGGCCAGGGGCGCACCACGAGACGGCGGAGGCAGCGCAGAGCAGUCUCUUCUUCAUGGCCUUCAGUGCGUUCGUGUCGGUGAGUCCAGCAAGAGGUCGGAGUGGACCGGGACGGUUGUUUUUCGAUGUCGUGGUCGUUCCGCCAAGGAUGAAGAGAAAGGUGGUGGCACCUUUGAGAACUGGAUGCCAGAAAAGGGUGUAG